CAUUGUGUAUCAGUCUCGGCUUGUCAUUGAGCAUGCGCGUACGUGUGUGUUCGCCGCUUGUAUGCUAAUCGGUAGACAGUAAACAUUAAACCAUAUUGUUUUUAGAUAACAUAGUACGUGAUUCGUUCGUUUUGUGUCGAUUAAAUAAUUGUCAAUACAUAAUAAUAUUAUAAUAUAUAAUUAGUGUUUCGAAAUAGUGACUGUUGUCGUCAGUAUUAUAAAGACGAAUGCAACUGACUCAGAGUUUCUGAGCCCGUGACCGCCUCAGUCUGCUGCCAUUUUCGAGGACUCGAGUCAAUCGAGUAGUUUUUUUUUAUACAACUUUAGGAAUUAGCACAGCUGUCUGUCGAUAACAGCUAUUAUGGGAGUGUUCCGUUGGUUGUGUCAGCAGAGAGGUUUGACGAACCGGACGUACUGUCAGGCCGUCGGAACCGGAAGCAAGUCACGUCCCCUGGAAGGCAUCCGGGUGUUGGACAUGACCAGGAUAGCGGCGGGACCUUAUUGUACGAUGAUCCUGGCCGACAUGGGUGCGGACGUGAUUAAGGUGGAAAGGCCCGGGAUCGGCGACGAGAGCCGCAGGUUCGGACCGCCUUUCGCCCAGGUGCCGGAUCACGGACCCCUGAGUUGGUACUUUAUGGCGUUGAACAGGAACAAGAGGAGCGUGACAUUGGACUUCCGGACACCUUCCGGUAAAAAGUUACUCCGCCGAAUGGUCGAGUCGUCGCACGUCCUCGUCGAAAACUACGUCCCCGGCACAUUGGACAGACACGGAUUGGGCUACGAGGACAUGCGUAAAGUCAACGAGAAAUUAGUGUACUGUUCGAUAUCCGGUUACGGAUCAAAGGGACCUUGGCAUAAGAAACCAGGAUACGACGUCAUCGCUGCCUCUAUCGGUGGUUUCCUUAACGCCACCGGUCACGCCGAACCGGCUAAAGCAGCAGUGCCUGUCACAGACUUGAUGACAGGAAUGUAUGCCCACGGGGCUAUUUUGGCAGCCCUGCACCGCGGGACAGGCGAUAAAAUCGACUGUGACCUGUUGUCCACGCAACUGUCCAUGAUGAUUAAUUUGGCUUCCAACUAUUUGAACGCAGGUAUUCAAACUAAACGAUGGGGCACCGAACAUGAGAGUGUUGUGCCUUACAAAGCGUUCAAGACUAAUGACGGUUUCUUCACGUUUGGUGCGGCUAGCAAUGCUCAGUUCCUGUCGUUUUGCCAAAAGAUAUGCUUGCCGGAAUUGGCUGUAGACGAACGGUUCGCCAGCAACGCAGCUCGAGUGGAGCACAGGCAACAACUGUACGAAAUCAUUGAACCGAUUUUAGCUUCCAAAACCAAUUCCGAAUGGGUUGAAGUUUUUGACGGAGUGCCUUUCCCAUUUGGACCGGUUAACGACAUGACACAAGCUUUUAACAACGAACACGUCAAGGACAUCGGACUCGUGCAAGAGCUAGACUGUUCUUAUGGCGUUAAAGUGAAAAUGGUGGGACCAGCGGUAACUUUUAAGGACACCAGCAACGCAGUCACGAAAGAACCUCCGUUGUUGGGCCAGCACACGGAUGAAGUGUUGAUUUCACUGGGAUACGAUACAAACGAAAUCGAUCAAUGGCGUUCCGAAGGAGUAGUGUGAUAAAUGAUAAUAAUAUCAUUAUUGUAUUGCCGUGGACGCCGCGUCGAUUAUUUUUUAAAUGCAUACCAUUUUUAUUGAGCAAUAGACAAACAAAUAGUACAUCCAAAUUACCUUGCAAGUACGAUGUCAAUUUGCACAUAGGUUCGCCGUACAGCCACAAACCGGUGAUUGACUGGCAAACGGCCAUGGGCAUACAUAUGAACGUUACCAGAAGGUCAGCGAUUGAGAGGUUCACCAAAAAAUAGUUUGUUACGCUGUAAAAGAAAAAAAAUAAUUAAACAAAUCGUUUAUAUAUUUUAAUAAGUAUUGGUUUUUUUUUAAUACAUUUUAAUCGGUUUGUUUGUAUUGUUGGAAUCAACAGGGUGGAUUAAGCCGUUACGGUCAAUAGGCAUUUUUAGGCGUUGUGAGACAAAUUUUUAGAAUUCCAAAAACUUCAUCAUCUUUUCCAAACAAUUAUUUUAUUUUUCCUUUCAUUUUAAAAUAAAAACUUUUUUUACUUAGUCACACUAAUUUACGGUUAAUAGUUGACAGUUACCAUCGUUGGUUUUAAUUUUCCCCCUCAGUUUAGGUGCUGGGGCCUGGUAUCAAUAGGUAGUUUUUUUAUUGCAAACAUUCCCGUUACUUAUAAAAAGUGUGGGGAGAGUAAAACCCGGAUUCGGUCUAAUAAUUUAUUGUCGUAUUUGGUCUAUUAGAUAAGUUUAUAGAUUCUAUUUUAGACAGUCACGUGAUUUUAUAAUAUUAUUAUGGUUUUUUCUUUUUUUUCUUGGUUUUGUCAAGAUUUUAUUAAUUAGUUAUCUCCCACCGGACGUACCACUUUAUAUUCAAUGUUUUAUAUUGUAAAUGGACACUUAAACUUUCCUACAGACGCUUUAUGUCGAUGUUAAUUCUGGAUAUUUUGGAAAUCGGUAAUUUUGGUAAGGUUAGGUUUGUUAUACUUUAUUAAAAUAAUAAAAAUGUAUAAUUAAAUAUUUAAAUGAACCAAUAAAACCACAAAAAUCCUGUAUACAUAUUUUUGCAGCAAUGUUACCAUACAAUAGACUGAGGAUUUUUGUAGUUAAGGGUUUAUUUAAAUAUUCUA